AAGUAGUAUAUAUAAAGAGAAUUACUUCCACGUUCACAGACUCAAUUUGAAAGCCAGGCAAUGCAUGGUCUGAAGGGAAUGCUGUCUGUCCUGAUAUUCCUGGGACUGUGUAUUCCGGUUGAUUUGCAAUUAGUCAAUACAAGUCUAGCUUCACUUACUGUGGAUGAGCUCCUAAAUGGGUUUCGUGUCCAGCAACUUCAGCUUUCGACAACCAUGAUGAAUGCCAGUUAUCAUUCGAGACUUCCCGAAAAACUCGCGGCAGCUGAAGCACGGGAAGCUGAUGAAAGGGGGGCAAAAGCGACUAGGGCAUAUUAUGAAGCCCAAACGCCGUUCAUUGCUACAACGUCCCGUUACAACCUUGGAUACAUAGGGCGUGGCUACGACUUGUUCAAGGGAAAUCCUCUCAGCGAUGAUGGCGUUGUUGAUCAAGGUUUUCGUCUCCCAAUAAUGGAUUUACCCUACACUUACAAAUUCACGGCGGACGGAAAUUAUAGAAUCCCAGACAACGUAGACGUGAUCUCUGAAUCCAGUGCAAAAUUUGGAUCCUCUCUUCACACGGUUCAAUCAGAGUCUGAUUAUAAGAGCAUGUUAAGUGUGGAUGCAUCGGUCAAUGGUCAUGGGAGUGGCUGGGGAGUCAGUGCUAGCUUUAGCGCAAGCGCAUCAUAUCAGAAGAAUACGCGGGAAAUUCAAAAAGGGGAAACAACUACACUGAGUGUUGUCAGUCGUGCUGUCGUAUACAGGGCGAGGAUGUCGGAAACUUCAAAGUCGUCAAAGGUAAAUGAUUACUUUGAAAAGGCAGUUACGCUGCUGCCUAUGGAUGAUUGCGAAUCGGGUCCUCUGCAAGAAAUGUACAUAAGUCUUAUCCGGGAAUUUGGCACACAUUAUACGACUGAAGUUGUUAUGGGUGCAAAGGCAGUGCAACAACUAACAUUCUUAAAAUCGGACUUAUCAAAACUUGAAUCCGAGGGAAUCAGCGCAAAGGUAGCUGCAGAGGCGUCCUUCAGUGGGUUUGGUGCGUCGGGUGGUGGUGGAUUUAGUGUCGGGGCAAAAUCAAAAGAAGAAGCAAUAAACCAAGUAAAAAACACAAACAAAGAGCAAUAUGAAUACUACAUAGGUGGAAAUCCCCCAUCUGGAAAAUUCUCUUCCGGAAAUACCGAGAGUUUACGAGAAUGGGCGAGAUCUGCUGACGAGAAGCCUGUUCCUAUCCAGUACAAGAUGUCGUCAAUAGAAAGUUUAUUGAAGCCUGGGUAUUUCAAACACCUAACAUAUGGUUUAUUUGAAAGACGUCGCUGCUUAAGAUCGGCAUUAUACGCGUACUGCAAACAAACAUCUUCUCCGGCAUUAUGUAGUCCGCCUGAUGAAGCUUCCUUCAGCUCACGGCGUAAACGUCAAACAGACAAUUUGCCAGUCGAUGGAAUCAAGUUUGGGGAUUUUAUAAGCCUGAGUAAUGUUCAAUCAAACCAAUACCUAUCGUUGUCCGACUCAACUGGCUAUAUGCAAGGGAUUGUCACAAAACCUUUUGUACCAGUCAACACAUUUUCGGAUUACGGCGGUCUUUUCCAAAUUAAGUCCAAUGACGAUGACACUACCACUGUAGGGACCCCGCUAACCUAUGGACAAGUCUUCAAACUUGUCACUGUGGAGGGCGAAAAUUUAUUAACGGGAAACACUUUUAUUGAUGACGUAAAUGAUGCUCCUAUUAAUAAAUUACAAGAUGUGUUUUCCGGCAAAGAUAGCCAAAAAUAUUCCUCAUCAAGCGAUUUGUCAAGUUUGUCGAUUUUCUUGAGGUCAGACAAAAGUAGACCAUAUUUGAUCAGUCUGGAAUUACAAUGCAAUGGGAAUAAAAAUUAUAGCGUCCAAGUUAAUCUAGAGGGUAGCGAAGGUAUAAUCGACUUCAAGAUCAAACAUGAGUGCGGAACCGUCUCAGCAUGGCACCAUAGCGCAUUCACUGACAAGAGCAUCGGGAAACUCGAGUGGUCUCAUUUUAUGAGCAGUGAUGGAACGGCAUCAAUAAAAGGAAUUCAAAUACGUACGGGCGAACGUGGAUACAUUUUAAGAUAUCGACAAGAAAAUCUUAAAUUGUCGAAACAAGUAGAAAAGUUACAAAUGGAUAAUAAGGGGUCUAAAACAGCAAAAGUAGAUAUUUACCCGACUCAGUUCGCGUUCCUCAGCAAGAACCACCCGCUUGGUUCUCGUGUCAGGCGACGGGACGUUGUCUUUGUUGAGGUUGUAUCUGCUAUUGAACGUAAACUAUUCUGGGGAAAACCAGCUUCACAUUUAUUAUCUCACAAGGACGGUAGGGUGACCAUUACAGAGAAAACGCCUGCGCCUCACAAGCCACUUUCAGCACAAAACUGUUCCGAUAUCAUUUCUCCAGGAAAUGAAAUAUUAAGUGUAGUGACCAUCACUGACAACAAAUAUUUUGUAUCAUUUUCUGUUGACGUAAUGAUAAGAUCGGCAACAUUCAAGACUACGAAGUCUGUAGAGUCAAACAACCUAAAGGUUGAGUAUAUAUCUCGGAAUAGCUCGCAUUUUCAACGAUUACAAAAUUACAUUAGAGAACCAAAUUCAGGAUUAACUCAACGAAUAGAUUUAAAAUUUUCUAUGGAUAUGUAUAUAUCAGCCCUGAAGAUAUCUGGAAACGAAGAUUUUGCAAUCAAUAAUGCAAGCGUUCUUAUUUAUGGAUGUCCUGCAGCUCUUUUUGAGGAAAAACCAUUAAAUACAAAGAGCGAGGAAUGGAAUCUAAAGCUCAUAGAGAAUGAAUUACAGACUUACCCAUAUCUUAGCGUUACUACAACACAGUAUAACGUGUCCAAUUUCGAUAGGAUUUUCGAAGAACUUGAACGGCCAUUUUCCGUCGAUAAUUACAGAAAGGUCGUUCCUUUUGAUGAAAUGGAAAGAGGCGGCUGUAUGGUACACGGGGAUUAUAUUCAAACAUAUCUGAUGUCAACGGAUGAGAUUGACGGAUUGAAGUUUGAAAACACACGUGUAGUUUCAUCAGCCAAUUCAGUCACUAUAAUAACCUCAGUAAGAGCAAUGAAUAAGAUAAUGUAUGAUCAAAACAUGCCAGCGUUUGACAGCAUUCUACGGAUGGCAGUUCAACAGUUUCCCUGUAACGAAGGACGGACAGCAAUGUUAGCCUAUCGUCAGUCGUUUGAAGAAAAGCUUGGCGUCUCUUCAGUUUCCAUAGCAGUUAUUGCGGUACUGGGAUCAGGACUAGUCUGUGGUACAGUGUUGGUAAUAUUUGUAAUUGUACGGCUUCGGAAAGUCUAUAAAGUGUCAGGAGAUAAGGAAGUACACACAUCAGCCGACGAAAAAGUUUUUGCGGAUGAAGAUGCAUAUAAAAGUAGUGCCACCUUGUAUUCAAAUGACGCUUUUGAUGAUAGUACGGACCGUUCGGCGACUUUUUCCGGUUUUCCCACAAAACAUAGACGACUCACCUAAUAAAGAGACGUCAAAGAUCAGAGAACCUAUUCAUAUAUAUAUUCGUUAUGGAUUUUCGUUUAAUGUGAAUAAGUACAUGUACAGAGUGGUUCAUUUUUUUUUUAAAAUAUCAAUUGUUCAUGUCUGAUUGUCCUGUCUCUGAUAUACUCUUAUAACUCUCAUUCUUUGAAUUGGACUAACACAGUAGUGAACGAAAGCUUUUUGUUCCCUACUAUAAUACAUACGAUCCAAUCUCGCUAAAAAUAAAUAUAUUUGUCAUUC